UGGCGGAACACGCAAAAACGACGCGUUUUUAAGAUUCCAUUACCAAAUACGCAGAGAUUGUGCGCAUACAUGACAUUGAUCUCUUGUAAGAAUCGCAUUCACUUCUUCCGCCAUAUUCAAUCUUCCUCUGCUGCAUCUACUUCUUUUCUCUUGGGGGGUUUCUGGAGCCUACUACAGCUGAUUUAGAUCUGUUUCUGUUAGUUGCGUUUGGUUAAAGUCAAUAGAGUAGAAAGUUAUAGAGAAAUGGAUAAAGAGAAAUCUCCAGCAGCACCUUGUGGAGGUCGUCUCCCUCCUCCAUCUCCCUCAGGUCGCUCCUCACCCUUCUCAGACGCUAACCGGUUGAGCCACGAUAUGAGCCGUAUGCUCGAACACCCACCUAAGAAGAUUGGUCACCGUCGAGCUCAUUCGGAGAUCCUCACUCUCCCUGAUGACUUGAGCUUUGAUUUUGAUCUUGGUGUGGUUGGUGGUAGUGCUGAUGUACCUUCUUUCUCCGAUGACACUGAAGGAGGAGACUUGAUGUCUAUGUAUCUUGAUAUGGAUAAGUUUAACUCUUCUACUGCUACUUCUUCGGCUCAAGUGGGGGAGCCAUCAGGAACUGCUUGGAAAAAUGAGCCGAUGAUGCCUCAGAAUAGUUUUGGGGAAAGGCCAAGAGUUAGGCAUCAACACAGUCACUCUAUGGAUGGAACGUUGAACAUCAGUGAGAUGCUUAUGUCUGGAAAUGAAGAAGAUUCUGUAGUUGAUGCUAAGAAGUCCAUGUCUGCUGCUAAACUCGCUGAGCUUGCUCUCGUCGAUCCAAAACGUGCUAAGAGGAUAUGGGCAAACAGGCAGUCUGCGGCGAGGUCAAAAGAAAGGAAGACGAGAUACAUAUUUGAGCUUGAGAGGAAAGUACAGACUUUGCAGACAGAAGCUACAACUCUCUCAGCUCAGCUUACUCUCUUACAGAGAGAUGCAAAUGGUUUGACUGUUGAAAACAACGAGCUGAAGCUGCGGUUGCAAACAAUGGAGCAGCGGGUUCAGUUGCAGGAUGAACUAAACGAAGCACUUAAGGAGGAAAUCCAUCAUCUGAAGGCGUUGACUGCCCAAGUUGCCUCAAACGGUGCAUCAUCAGCGAUGAACUAUGGUUCGUUUGGAUCAAACCAGCAAUUCUAUUCCAACAAUCAGACAAUGUUAGCCGCACAACAGCUCCAGCAACUGCAGAUUCAUUCACAGAAACAGCAUCAACAACAACAACAACAACAGCAGGAGUUUCAGUUUCAACAGCAACAGUUUCUGCAUCAUCGCCUUGGACAGCAAGAACAACGAAAUGGAAGUGGGGAGAUGAGAAAGCAGAAGCCAGACCAGAUGGAGAGCUGAGAAAUAAUGAAUACUAUGUGCACUUUAGUGAGAGGGUAUUGAUGUUAUGUUCUAAGCAAAAGCCUUUUGGUACAUCAUUGAGGAAUACAUUUUGGAUAUAGCCCAAAGAAACAUUAUGAGCUGUUUGGAUUUGGUUUGUGUCCAAGUACGUAAAAUGUCUUUAAUUACAUUCAAAUUUGCUAAUUUGUUAUAAAUCAUAAAAUAUAACCACAAUUGCCAACAUCAUGUUUGAUGUAUAUUUAUAUUCUCAAAUUUCAGUGCCUUGUAAUAUAUAACAUUUAG